GUCCAAGCCGGGAACAGCAUGAGUGUCAUGGCGCUGCUGGCGAGAGUAGCUGCUAAAAGCUGUCGGUCGACGCUGUCCGGGUUCUCUAAAGGGUUGUUCUGUGGUGUUUUACAGCCAGGCUGGCUUCAAAGUUGCAUUGGAGCUAAAAGGCAUUUGUUGUCCGAAAAUGCUCUCAAACUGCAAGACUUCCAGCACACCAAGCUGGAUGUGGCUCGCAAAAUUACUGGAUCAGAGGGAAAUAAUUUUGAGCUGAUCAAACAGAAGAUGCAAGGACACAAGUUGAUUCUGCGAGAGGACCUGAAGCUUCUCCUUUACCUGUGCGAAACUCCGGAGGAUAUGCAGAUAGCCAGGGAAGCCAUCUACAGGUACCACACAGAGAAUCAUAACAUGCUGCACGGAGACUACAGGUUUGGCACGAUCUUUAUGAGACUUUGCUAUGAGCUCGGUCUGGAGGAAUUGGCUGCAGCAACAAUAACAGACGAGAAAAUGAAAGGAUUUUUCCUUGACAAGACCUCUUUUAACAUCGCCAUUGAUUUGUUAUUUCUUAAAGGCUCAUAUGAACGUGCAAUGGACGUGCUUAGAACCAUGAGUAACCAAGGUAUUCAAUUCAACAAAGACACAGUGGUGUUGGCGACUGGUACCUACUAUAAACUGAACACGGCAGACUCCUACAGGAACUGCAUCGAUCUCAUAGAAGAACAACAAACCAAAGGAUGCUUUAUCCCUCGACAUGCGUACUGCUUUGCUGUUGCGUUGGCGCUAAAGCAGAAUGACUUAGAAAAGGCGCGUUUGCUGUAUUCGCAGAUUUUUAAGACGGACAACAAAAUGUGCUCAAGUUUUAAGGUGAUUAUCCAGGCAAUGUCGGGAGAAAUUUCAGAGGCCGUUUCAGUCUUAUGCAUAUCCAUGUAUCCUGAAAGCCGCUUUUUUGAGAAAAAGCCUGAAUUUACUCGAGAUGCGGUGGAUUUUCUCCGUUUGCAGGCUAACGGCACACAACUCCAGAUGAAAGUGGAACAGAUUGUGACUGAGCUUGAACAAGCUGGUCAGGUGACCGAUGAGACCCUUGAUGAAAUGCUGUGCCGAACUCCAAGUGGGAAAAAACCCCCGGUGCGGAGGGAGGAACCGAAGACCAGCACAAGGACUCUGAUGCCUCUGCAGCCUCUGUGGCAUACUCUGUUUUCAGAGUGAGGCUUGAGCUGAUGGGAUACAGUUAAUUUUGUCAGGAGUGAUGAGGAUAGAAUGCUUCAGGUCUGCUCUCAUUACCUUAUGAGAUCUUUGUUACCGGUGGAUGUAUGAACAGUAUUGGUCCUGCAGAUACAAAAAUCUAGCAUUCAGUCAUGAGUUGUAUCAAAAACCUGCAGAUACUUUGUACACACCUGCUGGCUCCAAUCUGCAAUGUUUCCUUAAACACACAUACUGCAGACAUGUCCUUGACCCUGUGUCUACCCUGUCCUUCAAUAGAAAGCUGCUGGAAGAAAUAAGAUAAGCAAUAUCUUAGAUUUUCUUGCGAACAUGUCAUAAAAUCUUGAGUCAUUUUGUUUGUUUUGUAUGUGCGCUUUAGAUGUGUGAAUUACACAUUAAAGAUAUAUGGAAAAUUUAAUAAUUAAACAUAGAAACAAAAAAAGAUGGGUUUCUUAUUUGUUUUUUGUCAUACAAACCAAAGAUCUAAUAUGCAAUGGCUGCAUAUCAGACCUUGUAAAAUAAAAUUAAUGUGUGAACACA